CCCCGGCUUUCCCCACAGGAGCUGCCCCGUCGCGCCCGCCUUCCCGCCCGCAGGCAGGCGCGGUAGGUUAGGAGCAUGAGUCUCUACAACCUGGACCGCUUUCGCUUUGAGAGGAAGAGAAAAAGCGCGGAGCAGGAAACUGCGUCCCCUUCGGCAGCCCAGGUGCGGGCGGCUAAUUCGGCCGCAGCGGGGGGCGCUGCUGGAGGGGACGAGGAUGAAGCUACGGACGAUAGCAACAGGCCCGACACUCCGGCUUCCGACGUGACAGAGAGAACCGAACAAACUAAUAUUGGUAGAUUGUUCUGCACCCUGGGUGAUGAUGUUCAGAGUGUCACAUCAUUCACUUGCACUGGGACUGCUUUUCUUUGUUCUUAUCUGUUGUUUUCUUUAUGA